CAACUUCUGAUUUUGUACAAAAGGAUGGAGUGGUUCGUAGUUUGGAUCACCAAAUUUGGGGUACAGUGCUUGUCACGUCCUUCCUCAAGGUAUUAUUGUGGAAUGAGCGUCGUGAGUGGAGGAAUAUUUACAACAGGGCUGAAAGCUGGUUGAGUGAAAAUGUAACUGAUGUUGAAAAUGAAUCUGGUUUUUUCGAGCUUACUACUCAAUUGGCCGAAGCUUUGGGUUUUAGUUCGGCUGAAGGUGCUAAGAAACAUAUUGAAACACAUUUUUCUUCCUACUCACCAAUAACUUCUCAAUUUGAUGUUAACGUUUGGAGUACUGCUAUUUUGAUUUGGUUUAUUAGAUAUGUAUUAGUUGAUUUCAGAAGUGAGUGGGCAGACGUAUACCAAAAAACAAAUAAUUGGCUUUGUCAACAAGUGAAAGAUGAUAAAGUACGAGAAGAACUUCUUGAGGCUUCUAGAAACUUUGUUGUUAAAAGGUUCGAAGUUGAACAGGAUGCUAUAGAAGAAGAUGAGACUUUCAAGGAAUCUAUAGAAGCUAAUGAAAAGUACCGGGAUUCUGAGGUUGUCAGAAUAAUUAGAAUAUGUGUUAAAAGUGCUAAAAAUCUCAAAAAAAAAGAUAGUCGAUUUACUUUUUCUAAUUCUGAUCCGUACGUCCGCAUUAUGGAUGCUUCUAGAAUUGAAGUAGAUCGCACUUGUGUUCACCAUGAAACUGUUAAUCCAAAAUGGGAAGAAGUUCAUUUCGCUUCUGUUCAUAGUUUAGGCGAAAAAAUUUCGUUUGAAAUCUUUGACGAAAAUCUUUUUGUAUCAGAUGAACAUCUUGGUACCUAUGUCUUGGAUACUAAUACUUUAAUGAAUUAUGAAGAUCAUUCUAAACCUAUUAGUGAUUGGUACCCACUUCAAAUUAGUAAAAAGCCAGUUGAAGGACAUUUGAACUUGGAAAUUCAAUUUAUCCCCACCGUAUUUACCGAGAAAAUUAACAAUAUCGAAGCCGAGGAUCGUUUAUAUGAUUUAUGUAAAAACUUCAUUAUUGAGCGUUUUAAAGUUAAAAAUCUUGAAAAAGAACAAUUGGAAAUAAUCACACCUGUCAAACAAGCCAUCAUUACACGAAAGAAUAUCAAUAUCCGUUAUAUUUGUACACUUAUUGGUCAUCAAGAUGAUGAUGGCUGUGUUACUUUAAAUGAAAAG